CCGAUUUAAACGAUAAGAAUGAGUUCGCAUAAAAGAGGAAAAUCAUAACAUAAUACGCCACCAGAUGGUUUGUGUCUCUUAAACUUCAGUUCUUGUGAAUUUAUUUAUUUGUGAAGUGUCGUGUUUUUUUGCAAAAGAAAAUCAAAAGGAAAAAAAUUGAAAUAAAAUAUCAAUUUGUUUCCACGAAUUUACAAGCUUAUAUAUAUAUAUAUAUUUCACAAUAUGACAAAUAACGGCAACUUCUUUCUCCUUUAUUCUGUGUUGACACGAAAGUGCGUUCGAUACAGAAGUUCUAUUCACAUCGUAAAUACCGCAAAAGCACAAACAAGAAAUAUGCCCUGCCCAUUUUUAACUCGUUUAUCUGCCAAUUAUGUACGUAACUAUGGGACAUCUGUAUUAAUGAAUUAUCGUCAACAUUGCCCAGUAAUGUCUCGCUUGUCUAGUACAUUGGUAGAAGAUACGACUGAAGCACAAAUUCCACCUGAACCUAUAGAAAAUCAUUGUCCGUUUCUUUCUAAAGAACCAGAUGCAAUAAAAGAAGCUAGCCUGACAAUGGAGGAGGAUGUUAUUGAUUUUAUUGCUAAAGAGAAAACUAAAGAGGAAAUUCACUUUCCCUAUCAACAGUUUUUCCAUGAACAAAUUAUAAAAAAAAAAAAGGAUCAUUCGUACAGAGUCUUUAAAAAAGUCAAUCGUUUAGCUGAGCAAUUCCCAGCUGCAGUAGAGUAUUCCUGGGGAGAGAAACCUAUCACUGUGUGGUGUUCUAAUGAUUAUUUGGGCAUGUCUCGUCAUCCUAAUGUUAUUAAUUCUGUUCGAGAGGCCUUGGAUAAAUUUGGUGCAGGUGCAGGUGGUACUCGCAAUAUAUCUGGAAAUUCUAUGGGUCAUGAAAUGCUGGAGAAAAGACUCGCUGCUCUGCAUCGAAAACAAGCUGGAUUAUUGUUUACUUCAUGUUUUGUAGCUAAUGAUUCAACAUUAUACACAUUGGCUAAGCUUUUACCAAAUUGUCAUAUAUUUUCUGAUGCUGGUAAUCAUGCUUCUAUGAUACAUGGUAUACGUAAUAGUGGUGUGCCUAAACACAUUUUUAGACACAAUGAUGUUAAGCAUCUGGAAGAGCUUCUAUCCAAAGUAGAUAGAAGUAUACCAAAAAUUGUAGCAUUUGAAACAGUACAUUCAAUGACAGGUGACAUUUGUCCUUUGGAACAAUUAUGUAACGUUGCACAUAAAUAUGGUGCUUUAACAUUCGUGGACGAAGUUCAUGCAGUGGGCUUAUAUGGAUAUUCUGGUGCUGGCAUUGGAGAAAGAGAUUGGGUUCUUGAUAAAAUGGAUAUUAUAUCUGGUACUCUCGGAAAGGCUUUUGGUAAUGUAGGUGGCUAUAUUGUUGGUUCUUCCAAACUUAUCGAUAUGAUUAGAAGCUAUGCAGCAGGAUUUAUUUUCACAACUUCUUUGCCACCAACUGUUCUAUAUGGAGCUUUAACAUCUGUUGAAAUUUUGGCAUCGGAUGAAGGAAGAUCUUUAAGAGCUAGUCAUCAAAGAAAUGUGGCUUAUAUGAAAUCUAUUCUUACUGCUGCUGGACUUCCAUUAGAACCUUCUCCUUCUCAUAUUAUUCCAUUAAAAAUAGGUGACCCGUUAUUAUGUACUCAAAUAGCUGAUAUGCUAAUACGAGAGAAAGGACAUUAUGUUCAAGCUAUAAAUUAUCCUACAGUUCCAAAAGGUGAAGAGAAGUUAAGAUUAGCACCAACACCAAAGCAUAAAAAAGCAAUGAUGGACCAGUUCGUGCGAGAUACGCUGGACGUAUUUCAUAAUUUAAAUAUUCCUAAAAUUGAAUCUAAAUCAAAUGAAAUGGCACGUGCAAUAUCAGUUCAUUGACGAAUGUAUAUAUUAAUGUAAUAUAAAGAUUUCUUAUCGUACAAACAAAAAUUGUUAAAAUAUGAAAGUUUAUUUAUGUGGAUACAUAUAAUGUUUUUAGAGUAUUCAAGUCAUAAGAUUUGUUCGAAAAAUAAACGGAUUUAAUUUUAAAUAAAUGAUUAUAAAAAUAUUAAA